ACGAUUUUUAGCAAACCUUUAAAUUUCAUUUAAAUGCCCAGAUUUAAAAAAAUUGGUGCGCCUCUUUUUAAAUACAAUGGUAAGACAUUGUAUGAAAUCUUAGCUAAUCUAAAAAAUUUUGGGAUUAAUCGUAUGGUUAGUAGAAAUCAUUGGCUGAAUUUUCCAGAAAAGAGUUAUGUUUGCAUAACUAGGGGUAUCCCUGAUUUAAGAGAUGAGGAUUUUAAUCGAGGAAAAGUAUAUGGAAAAAUAUUUCAUAGAAAUAUACCUGCAGAUUCUGAGACCCUCGUCAAACAAGCAUUUAUUCCUGAUUGGUUUUUAAUACCUAAACAUGAUGAGAAAAAUUAUUUAAGUUCUCUACUGCCACCAGAACCGGCUAAAAUUAAUAAAUAUAUAACAAUUCCUCCAUUAUUAAAACUACUGAUGAUAAGGGAAAUGGAGGUAAUGGGCCAGAAUGCUGAUAUCGAACCUAAAAUUAAAAGAGUUUUGGGCAACAAACAUCGUUGUACAUUAAUAGAAUAGUUAUUACAUAUAUAAUCUCCGUAUGCUUAUAUUUUAAUAAUAUAUUUUAUUCAAAUAUCCUUGAAAAAUUAUAUUA